AUGGAGAACAUUAACGACUUUGAGCUGCAUGACUUCAUUGCCGACGCUAACUUCGAUCAGUUCAUCGAUCUGAUGCGGGGAGAUCAUCAAAACGAAGACCCGGUUGCGAAUUUCGGCUGUGAUGAUCUUCUCAAUGGCUGUUUCGUUGACACUCAGCAGUUUAUAGCUCCAAACUCGGGGUUUAAUAAUGUAUUUGGCUUCAAUGAUACAAUGGUGUCGUCGAGUAUUCCAAAUUCUACUUUGUUUGUUGAUACAAUGUUGCCGCGGGAUUUUAAUGGAGAAAUGAUAAUGGCUGGCGACGAAGAAAACGAUGAAGAGAAUUCCUCAGGUACCACCACCACCACCACACCGACUAAGAGGCCGAAAGUCGAUCGAUCAAGAACUUUGAUUUCCGAGAGGAGGAGGAGGGGCAGGCUGAAGGAGAAGCUCUAUGCAUUGCGGGCCUUGGUUCCUAACAUAACUAAGAUGGACAAGGCCUCCAUAGUUGGAGAUGCUGUACUGUAUGUACAAGAGCUGCAAACGCAGGCUAAGAAGCUAAAAGCUGAGAUUGAGAGUCUUGAAGCUUCAUUAGAGGAAGCAGAUAGAUAUCAAGGAUCAACAGGAAUCACAAAGAAGCCAAAAGCUGCAAAAGCCAGCGAUUCGCACGUUGCCAAGACAACUUUUCAGAUGGACAUGUUUCAAGUGGAAGAGAGAGAAUUCUAUGUGAAAGUUGUGUGCAACAAAGGGGAAGGGGCAGCCAUAUCUCUUUACAAGGCUCUUGAAUCUCUUACAAGCUUCAACAUUCAGAACUCCAACUUGGCCACGGUUUCUGAAACUUUUGCAUUAACAUUUACUUUGAACGUAAAGUGUGAUCAGCAAGAGCCAAUAAAUUUGCCAAACUUGAAGCUGUGGGUUACGGGGGCUUUUCUUAACCAAGGAUUUCAACUUAAAACAGAUCACUUUUCUGCAUGA